UUAGCGUUAAGUAAACGUUCAUGCUGCGCAUGAGCACCAGCGACGGAACCGUCAGCUGACUGCUUUUAAGUAGUUUCUCCGACGGCCGCCGGAGGACGGCACUUGCUUAUGUGACGUCAUAUGUCGGACACGACGUCACGGAUAGAGUUUUCCAGACGUUUCUAGAAGCUCCCUUUCUUACGUAUAUACCCGUUGUCCGCGCAGUGGGCUGCAAAGAAUCAGCUGUGUUGUGUGUUUCGCACGUCGAUACGCUCACUUUGGAUUACCGUACUCGUACGAGUACCGACCUUCAUUGACCUACAAGUCUACUUACACUAACCAAAGUAGACCAUGGGUAAAGAUUACUACAAGAUCCUCGGCAUCAGCAAGAGUGCCAACGAGGACGACAUCAAGAAGGCUUACCGGAAGCUCGCCCUCAAAUACCAUCCGGAUAAGAACAAGACUCCCGAAGCGGAGGAGAAGUUUAAGGAGGUCGCCGAGGCGUACGAAGUCUUGAGCGACAAGAAGAAGCGAGACGUCUACGACCGCUUCGGCGAGGAAGGCCUCAAGGGCAGCGCUGGUGGAGGCGGCGGAGGAGGACCCAACAUGCCCGGGGGUCAGUCCUUCACCUACACCUUCCACGGAGACCCGCGCGCUACUUUCGCCCAGUUCUUCGGCACGGACAACCCGUUCGAAAGUUUCUUCGGGUUCGGGGGUGGACCUGGAGGGCCUGGCGGCAUCAACAUGUUCUUCGGAGGUCCAGGAGGCGGAGAAGACAUGGACUUGGACGGUGACCCCUUCGGGGUCCCCCUGGGCGGAGGAGGCGGCAGACCGGGCGCGAAUCCGUUCCGGUCCCAGAGCUUCACCGCGGGCGCGAGACCGGGCAGUGGCGGAAAGGCUCAGGGCAGGCAAGACCCCGCCAUCGAGCACGACCUGCACGUCACGCUCGAGGAGGUUCUCCGCGGCUGCACGAAAAAGAUGAAGAUAAGUCGGAAAGUUGUGGGACCGGACGGACGCACUCCGAAGCGCGAGGAGAAGGUGCUCAGCAUCAGCGUGAAACCGGGCUGGAAGGCCGGCACCAAGAUCACCUUUCAGAAGGAGGGCGACCAGCUGCCGGGCACCAUACCGGCCGACAUCGUGUUCAUCAUCCGCGACAAGCCCCAUCCGCAGUUCAAGAGGGAAGGUGCCGACAUUCGCUACACUGCCAGGGUCACGCUCAAGCAGGCUUUGUGUGGAGUGACGAUAGAAGUGCCAACACUGACUAAGGGCAAGAUAUCCCUUCCAGUCAAGGACAUCAUCAAGCCCACUACGGUCAAGCGGUUCCCGGGGCAGGGCCUGCCGUACCCGAAAGAUCCAACAAAGCGGGGAGACCUCCUCGUAGCCUUUGACAUUCAGUUCCCCGAACACUUGUCCGAAAGUGCACGGCAAAUACUCUGGGACACAUUGCCUCCUCAUGUCUGAAACUUCUGACAGGGAAGAGGACUUCGUUAUUUUGUGAAAAUGCGAAAGCCCGCCCUGGGGGGGGGGGACACUGACAUCUUGUGGGUAGACUCCACAGUGUGCAACGACUGGACUGGAACAAAUUCUUUUCCUGCUUUGAAGUUUUUUGUUCUUCAAGAGAGGCCCUCCCUUCCCAGCAUGGACGGAAUGGUUUUCUACCAGGGUGGAUGUAGCGAACAGGCUGGCGCUGCCCUUGAAGAGCAGCUCUCGCAGUGUCACCUUGGUUACUGGGCGGGUGCCUUGUGCGUAGUCGGGAGAAGACAGCUGUUGGGGUCGAAAGUGUCUGUGCAGCAAGGCCUUACAAGAACUGCAAUUUGGGCGAGUUUGGGAGAACUCUCAAGUGAGGAAGUUGCGCGUAAAACGAAGGACACAAGAUGGAACUGGAAGACUGGUCAUCUGGUGUUCUUAUGCCCUCCUCGUGUACCCGGCUUCUGCACUGCAUGUUCACUUCUGAACAGCAAGCUUAUUGUCUUGUGGAUGCUGCUGCCUCAUUGCAUCCAUAAGAUCUCUUGUCCUCAUACUUUUUUUUUUCUUCUCGUAAGGUUGGCAGAUGUGGCAACUCCUGGUGCAUCUGCUCAGUCCCCCGAUGAAGUUUCAGAGUGCCGCCGUCAAUCUGCCCUUGUACAUAAUGUAAAUAGUUAGCACGUACGUUCUUUUUGUUUUUAUUUCAAUGUGCAUAGGCAUGGGCGCCCAUGCAUGUCUGUGCCACUCUGGUGUUGCUUUGUACAGAGUACUUUGUCGGCUGUAAAUAAACACUUUGCUAUGUUCUGA